AUGUCAACAAGUCCAGAGAAAACUUCAGUACAAGUAGCUGUACGUAUACGUCCAAUAACUGAGGAAGAUUUAAAAAGUUGUCCAACAAAAUAUCAACAUACAGUUAUAACAUCUUCACAAUUUACACCAAAUCAAGUGAUAGUGCAAGAUGGAGACAAGAAAUAUCCAUAUAAUUUCGAUCAUGUGUUUGGACCAGAAGAUGCUCAAAAAGAUGUUUUUGAGAAAUCUGUUUUAAAAUUAGUCGAGAAAUUCUUGGAAGGUUAUAAUGUAACCAUAUUAGCAUAUGGUCAAACAUCAUCAGGUAAAACCCAUACAAUGGGUACAGCUGAUAAUGCUAACAUGCCAGCCGAUGCUAAAGGUAUAAUACCAAGAUCAAUGGCGACUCUAUUUAAUUGGAUGAAUGGUGCUCAAUAUAAAUCAAGAAAAUUUUCAAUGAAGGUUUCAUUUAUUGAGAUUUAUAAUGAAGAGUUGAUAGAUUUAUUAGGAGAAGGUGAGAUUGAAUCUAGGCCUCAAGUACUGAUCAGAGAAGAUAAUAAAGGAAAUAUCCUUUGGAGUGGUUUGAAGGAAUUACAAGUUAAUAAUGUCGAAGAUGUAAUGAGUCACUUAACACAUGGAUCAACGCAUCGACAAGUUGGUGCAACAGAAAUGAAUUCAAAAUCAUCUCGUUCACAUGCAAUUUUUUCUAUAACUUUAUCACAACAAAAAUUCAUACCUUCAUCAUCCGCAUCCGCAUCUAUAUUAUCACCACCAUCGACACCUGCUCCUGGCGAUAGACCCACCACCCCUGGCAUGAAGCUCCCAUCAUCCAGAAGUAAUUCAAGAUUAAAUAAAAGAGCUGAUGAUGGUGAAUGGGUUACUGUUACUAGCAAAUUUCAUUUUGUAGAUUUGGCUGGUAGUGAAAGGUUAAAACGCACAUCAGCAAUAAGCGAGAGGGCAAAAGAAGGGAUUUCUAUAAAUUCUGGUUUAUUGGCCUUAGGAAACGUUAUAUCAGCAUUAGGUGAUACUAAUAAAGCCAAACACACAACCCACAUACCAUAUCGUGACUCAAAACUCACCAGGCUUCUACAAGACUCUUUGGGUGGUAAUGCUCAAACAUUGAUGAUAGCUUGUGUCUCGCCUACCGCUUUCAAUAUUCACGAAACUCACAAUACCAUAAAAUAUGCUAAUCGUGCAAGAAAUAUUAAAAAUACUAUUUCAUUAAAUCAAGAAGAAACUGGAAGAACCACUCCACUGUUAAGUAAUGCAUCAGGAAGAACCACACCACUGUUAAAUAAUGUAUCAGGGAGAACCACGCCAGUUAAUGGCAGGGAUACUCCUAGUUAUCUAAAAAGGCCUUCAACUCCUUCUUCUUCAUUAACAUUAAAUUCACAAAAAGAAAAAGAAAAAGAAAUUGAAACCUUAGAAGAUCAAUUGAUCCAGUUAAAAAAAUCUUAUGUUGAAUUAACACAAAAAUAUGCAAAAACUUCUGCUGAACUUGCUCAACAUCAAGAUAAUUCUGAUGGUAUAUUAUCUGGCGAUAUCAAGAGUAAUAUCAAGAAACCCAAUAUUGACAAGAAUGGUUUGGCAACUAUUGAAGAAGAAAAAUUAAUAAAAAAUAUUUCUGCAAGUUUCCAAGAAGCCGUUGAGCCAGUAAUCGAAGAAUAUGAAAAAUCAAUCUCACAACUAGAAAGCCAACUGGCAUUAAACAAGGCUGCAUUAUCACAUUCUGAAACAUUGAUGCAAGAAAAUGAAUACAAAUUAUUCCAAACCGAACAAGCUGAUCAACAAAAUCGCGCUCAAAUUAUUGAAUUGAAAAAUAAACUUGCAAGGUUGAAUGAGCGUGAAUCAUCUACCGAAAAUUACGUUAAAGAUCUGGAGGGGAAAUUAGAAUCUUGUUCUCUACAACAAAAACUUGAUCAAGAAAUGAUUCAGGACUUGAAAUCUAAAAUUGCAAAGUUAAAAGAUAUUAUAUCAAAUAGCGAAAUGUAUAUCGCAGAACUGGAAGAGAGAUUGGCAAGCAGUGAGGAUCAUGUUUCUAAAUUAACUGAAAAUAUUGGGAAAUUGGAACAACGUUUGAUCGAGAGCGAGCAAGAGUAUCACGAACUAGAACAAAAAUCGUACAAUACUGAGAAUGAUAGAGAGAAGAGAUCUUUGCUUGUUGAAUUGGAUGAUAGGGAAGAGAGGAUCAUUCAUCUUGAAAGAAAAGUUGAAGAAUUAAUUGGCGAGCUUGAAAAUUUAAGAAAGCAACAUUCAUUAGAUGACGACGAUAAUCUUAAUAUUAUGCAUAUUCAUGAAAAAUCUACGUCAUCAACGACAUCAGACACAAGUCUAUUUUCAUCAAACGAUAACAGUAAUGAAGAGAAAGAAAGAUUGAAUAUGAUAUUACUGGAAGGGAAAUUAUCAAAAUUACAAAAGAUUCAUGAUAAUACAUGUAAAGAAUUCGACGAUUUGAAAGCAAAAUACCAAUCUUGUUUACAAGAAAUGCAAGAAUUAGAAAUUCAAAUUUCAGAUGCUAAUGUUUCUUCUAUCAAUCAUAUUAACAAUAAUUUUUACGAAUCUAAUCAUAAAGAACAACCUUUAAUUAACAAUUUGUUCAAUAAUUCGAAAAAAUCACAAAAUCAAAACGCUCAUCGUAAAUCAAGAACUUUAUCAACCGAACUGAAAUCCAAUGAAAGACGCGAUUUGGCUCACAUAUCAAUUGUACAGAAAUUACAGGACGACUUGAAGCAAUUGUCAUCACUGCACGAGGAUAAAACCCAAGGUCUGGAUGCUGUCAAAUCAGAAUUUGCAAGAUUGGAGAUUGAGUAUCGCGAAAAACUAGAAAUUGUUGAAGAGUUACGAGAAGAGAUUAAAAGACGUGAUGCGUUGGCCCAGUUGGAAGAAAUUUAUUACAGCGGUGUUUCUACCACUACCGCAAGUGAAAUUGAUCAUUUGGACAUUGUUCAACGACUUAAGGAAGAAAUUGAACAACUUAAAGAAGAACAAAGAACCACAAUGGAAAUUAUGUCUCAGCGUGAAAAGGCCAAUAAUGAUGGUGGCAAUGGCAAUGAGGAUGGAUUUUCUCAAGUUCAGCGACAAAAAGAAAUUGAUGAUACAAAAUUAAAAUUGGAAGGAAAUGGUUCAUCUUCAACUAAUGCUGCCAACAAUGGCAAGGAAACAGACCAAGAAAUUAUUACAUUGAAACAACAAGUUGAAAAACUUCAAAUGGAAAUAGAAGCAAAAAAAAUUACUUAUUCUUCCGAUAAAUUAGAACAAAAUAUUGAUGAAAAUGUUAAAGAAUUAGAAGAGAAAGUUAAGGAUCUUGAAGUGCAAUUAACGAAUGCAAAAGAAGCUCAACAUAUUCCAACUCCAAGAUCUUCCACCUCCGCCUCCUCUUCAGCAUCAACUUUAUAUUCAACUGAUUCAACACAAAAAAUAAUCAAAAAUAUUAAUACUGAAUUGGAAUUAGUUUCAUCGAUGCAACAACAACUAGAAAUUUUAAGGGUUGAUGUUAAAUGUAAAUAUGAAAUAAUUGAAAGCACUAAAAGAGAAUUGAUUGAUAAAGGAAUAUUACAACAAAAAUUACGUGGAAAAGAAGCUGAAGCUAAGUCCUUACAACAUCAAUUAAACGGUUUUAAAAAUAACGAGAAUGAAAUGAAACAACAAAUUUUACAACUUCAAGAAAAAUUAAAAUCUUUCAAAUCAUCAUCAAAUAAUAAUAAUGAAGUUAAUGAGUCAUUAGAAAAUGAAAUAAACGAUGUUAAAAAAGAAAUGAUUAAAGCUAAAGAUAAUGAAAAUUUUACUAUUGAAAGAUUAAAAGUUUUGGCACUCGAAGAAACUAAACUUCAAUCAGAAUUGGAUCGAUUGAAAAAGAUCGAGAUUGCUCAAUGUGAAAGAAUCAAAGUUCUUGAAUCAAGUUUAUCAUCAUCGCAAGAACAAAAUAAGAAUCUUUCUGUUGUUGAAAAAGAUUUCACAAAAUUAAAAGAUGAAUUAUCGUUAGUCAAAGAAAAUGAAAUUGAACAUAAAAAAAUAAUAGAGAAACUUGAAUCCAAAUUAAAAGAUUCCGAAUCUGAAAUAAGAGUGUUGCAAGUUCAACUUGACGAAUUAAGAAAAGAAUCAGAUGAAAGAAUAAAAACUAUCAAGAGUAGCGAAUUGAAAUUGAGAGAAGAGGAAGCAGCAAAACAAUUAAUCAAAGAAACAGAUAAUGAUAAUGAAAUUAAAAGAUUAAAGGAGGAAAUCGAGUUGCUCAACAAACAAGAGAUUGAUCAAUCUGAAAAAAUCAAAUCCCUAGAAUCACAAUUAAAACUUGCCCAAGAAAAUCCGGAAAUUGCUAAUUUGAAAAGCGAACUUGUUAAUCAUGAAGCCAACGAAUCACUGCUAAAAGAUACUAUUCAAGACUUGGAAACUAAGCUUUCUGAAGCUCAACAAGAUUCUAAAAAAUUAUCAAGUAUUCAAAGUGAACUUAAAUUGUUGAGUGAAUUAGAUGCUGAACAAAAGUCCUCUAUUUCACAAUUACAAGAUCAACUUGUCAACAUUCAAAAUGAAAAAGAUUCUGUUGUCAAAGAGAUGGAGUCGAUGAAACAAGAUCUCGAAGCACAAAAAAAUCUUGUCUUCACUCUUGAAAAAGAUCUGAACUUGACUAAAACCGAAUUAACAAAAGCUAAAGAAGAUAAUCAAUCAAGUUCUAAGAAACACGAGGAUUUGUCGGCAUUGUUAAGUCAGACAGUUGAAGAACGUGAUCAAUUGGAUAAAAAAACCAAGGAUUUAGUAAUUGAAAUUGAAGGCUUGAAAGAGAUGAAUAUAACUGACGAUAAAGAAAUUUCAAGGCUUAAUUCUGAAUUAACAGAAGCCAAAGAUGAAAUGAUUCGACAAAAUGAGCUUUUAUCAGAAUUGAAUUCAAAACUUACUAGUGUUGAAAAAGAACGUGACGAAUCGGCCGAUCUUAUUGAUGAAUUAGCCAAAGAGAUUGAAACAAAAGAAACUGAAAAAAAAGAAGCUGUUGAAACUUUAGAAUCAAAUAUUUCUAAUCUUAAAUCUCAACUUGAGGAAGCUAAAAAUAGCUCGGUAUUAGACCAAGAAACCAUUAGUAAGCUUAAUGAGAAACUUGAUUUACUUCAGUCACAACUUGACGAAUCGAAAGAAUUAGACACAAAACGUUCACAAAAAAUCCAAGAACUUGAAGAUAGAAUUCAAGAAACUAACAUCAAAGUUCAAGAGAAAGAUAAUGCACUUAACAAUAAGGUCGAGUUGAUUAUGGGAUUAGAAGAAAAUUUAAAGAAACUUAAAUCGCAACUUGAAAAUGCAGAAAAAUUCAAGUCUGCUGAAGCUCAAGAACUUGAAUCCAAGAUUUUGGAGUUAGAAGAACAAAUAAAGAAUAAUCCUACGCGUGAAGAUCUUGAAGCCGUCAAAGAAUCAUACGAUAAACAGGUUGAACUUACUAAACAACUAGAAUCGAAAUUGGCUGCUGCUGACAUUGAGAAUAGUAAAAGUAUUUUACAGUUGACAAAUGAGUUGGUCUUGGCAAAAGAGACUGAGGAAUCAUUAAGGAAAUCGGUUAAAGAAGUUGAAGAUGACUUGAAAAUAAAAGAAAAUGAUUUGGAUAGUUUAAAUAAUAAUCUUGAAAAAUUAAAGGAAGAACUUAAACAAAUGCAGUCCAACGAAUCUCAACAGGUUGAACUUAUCUCAAGUUUAGAAGCACAACUCGAACAAACUAAAAAUCAACGCGACAAAGAAAUUGAUAAAUUCACUGAAGCAAAUAUUGAGAUAGAACAACUUAAAGAGAAAUGUGCAGAUUUACAAAACGAAAUUGAUGAAAUACAAAAGGAAGCAAUGUUACAAAGUCAUCAAAGCGUCGAUAGUGGCCUAUACGAAGAACUUAAUCAACAACUUAAGAAAUCUCAAGAAGAAAAUCAAAUUCAUAUUGAACAUAGCCAACAAUUAGAAAAUUCCAUUCAGAAACUUGAAUCUGAAAAGUCGAUAUUGGACCAAAAUAAUAUGGCAUUGGAACAAAAUGUUAUGCAACUUGAAAAAGAACUUGAAUCGUUGGCUGAUGAAUAUUCAGAAGCUGAUUUGAAAUACAAAGAAACUGAAAGCAAUUUAUCAAAACAAAAAACAAGGAUAGCAGAAUUGGAAAUGGAAAUUGAUGCAAACAAAAAACAACACACGAAUAGCUCAACCACACUUUCACAAUUAGCAUCUGCAAGUGAAACUUUACGCAAGACCAAUAAUGAUUUAAAUAAAAAGUUGGUGGAUACAGAAGAAAAUGUUUCCAAAUUGAAUCAAAAAGUUAAAUCAUUAGAACAAGAACUUGCGCAUUACAAAACAAUUAACGAUGAUAUUAAUACAAGUAAAGAGUUGAAAGAUAAGAUCAAAAAUCUUGAGAACGAGAGGGACGGAUUAGGAGAAGCCAAUAAAGCAUUUGUCGAGGAAAAGAAAAAACUUGAUGACAAGAUUGAUUCAUUAUUACAACAGCUCCAAUCAUCUGGUCGUGAUGGUAAUAAAUCUGCUGCUCAACUUGCAGAAUUAAACAAGAAAAUAAUUUCGUUGGAAAAAGAAAUCUCAAUUACCAAAGAACAAUCCAAAAAAGAUUCGGAAGAAAUGGAGAAAGAAAUAAUAAGGCUUUUGGAAGUUAAUAAGAAAUUAGAAUCAGGAAACGAACAAGAAUAUAGUCCCAAAUUACCGCAGCAGCAACAACAACGACAAAAAAUAAGAUCUAGUAGUGAUUCUGGAGAUUCAUAUGAUUCUGGAUUUUCAUCACUAUCACCACAAGCUAGUAAUCCACGCCUUAACAAGAAUGUGAAAGCUAUGAAACAUGAAACUACCAUUGCAGAACAGCUUGUAAUAAUAAAAACUUUACAAGAUAGAAUUGCAGAGUUGGAGAAACAACAAUUAGAAGAAAUACAUAAACCUACCACGCCAGCUGAUCUUGAUGCAGUUGGUGGAUUCCGUCUUGUUAGAACAGAUUCAAAUUCAUCAACUGAAUUGAUGAAGAAUGCUAUUAAAAACAAUCUCAGUGCCACACCUGCAGCAUAUAUGGACGCUCCACUUACACCACCACCAAAUCUUCCACUACCUCCUGUACCUUCCUCGCCAUCAUCGUCAACAUCAUCUUUGGUAUCUAAUUCUGUUUCUUUGCCAAUGACACCACCAUUAAGCCCACCACCAAAAAGCCCAUUACCACCUAUACCAGAUUCUGAAGUAAAUACCACACCAAUACAAGAUUUAACAUCAGAAGUUCAAAAACUUAACAAGAAACUUGGUAAGCUUGAAAAUGAAAACUCACAAAGUCAACAACUUAUUGAAACGUUAGAAGGAGCUCUAAACAGCAAUGAAGGCGAAUUAAAAAUUGCAAAACAACAAUUACAAAUUCUUCAAAAAGAAAAGACCAAUCUUCGUCAACAAGUUAAAGCAUUGAAUGAUCGAUUGGAAGAGGUUAAUGCACAAUUUGAACAUGCUCAAUCGUCAGUGCAAGAAGAAAAGAAAGUCAUUGAGUCCAUUGAGUCUGUAUUGAAUCAAGAAAGAAAAGCAAAAGAAGAAGCUGAAAAGGCUAGAAGACAGCUUGAAAAUCGUAUGGAAGAACUUAUACAAAAGAAAAACAAGUUCAUGUGCUUCUAA